AUGGCCCAUCACACUCACCAUCCGGGAAGCAGCUGCUGGGACCAUAACGUCGAUGAGCGGAUUGGUCUCAUCGCUGAUGGUCUCUCCCACAACGACGAUAUUCGCAAGAAGCUGCCUGGUCUCCGGACACUUUUGAACGAUUACCUCAGCCCAGACGUCACAGUCGAGUCCACCGACUUUCACAAGCGGCUCCUUCGCGUAUUCCGUGAGUCCGAGCACGACUUUGCCUAUCAGCAAUGCCUUGAUCGUCUCACCUCGGACGAAAGAGACCGUGUCGAAAAGUUUGUUGCCGAUGACAAGUCACUUGAAGAUGUCUCAGAUGGCUUCGACAUGUGUGUCAGUCUUGGUGUCCGUGACCACCUUCAACACCUCACCGGUGUCCCUUGUCUUCAGGUCUCUUCUAGCGGAGUCCAAGCUCUGGGCUUCCCGCCUAAUACUAAUGGCACUAAUGGUACCAAUGGUACUCAUCUCAACGGUCAAUUCCCCACGCAAGUCGACGUUGCCGGUCUCAGCGGGAGCAGCACCCUUGACUGGCUCAAGCACAAGGACGGCCUCUUUCAUGCCUUUGCUCACAAGUUGAAGGACAUGCUUCUGGACCAUGAGGAUGAGCAUAACGUCAUUGUCUACAAAGAUGCCCCGUUCCAGAACUGGGGCCUCGUGGUCGAUUACACGCCGCAAUACACCUGCAUCCCCGACUCCGUCGCCGGCGUCCAGCGCAUCGUCAAGUACGCUCGCGACCACGACAUGUCCGUCCGCUGCGCCGGUUUUCGUCAUUCGUGGGCACCCAUCUUCGGUCGCCAAGGGCAAAUCACCAUCUCAUUGCUCUCCCUUGCUGAGGCAACCAAGAUUCCCAAUUUUACUGCCCUGUCCAAGGUCCUCCCUGAAUGGCUCCUCCACAAGAACGAACUUCAAACCCUUGAAGUCGUCUCCGGCGCCCCGCGCGUCAAGGGCAAUGCUCUUGUGCGAAUUGGCGCCAGCACAACCAACGAGCAACUCCGUCGCUGGUGCGUCAAAAACAACAAGUACUCCUACCCCUUGAACGUCAUCAUGGUCGAGAUGACCAUCGGUGGGACCAAUGCACCCAUCUGUCACGGCGCCGGAAGGCGACACCAAACCCUCAGCGAUCUUGUCCGCAAGGUCGAGUACGUCGACUGCAACGGGAAACUCCAAGUCGUCGACGAUCCUCGACUUCUCCGGGCAGCAGCGGGAUGUUUCGGUCUCAUGGGCGUGAUCACGCAUCUCACCCUCGAGUUUGAGCCCAUGAGCUAUGCCCUCAUGAAGCCGGAGAAGAUCCCCGUUUUGCGAGCUAUCCCACCACCUGAUGACAUGAGACCUGACGACAUCCCUCCCGCGUUGAGACUUGCAGACUGGACUCCCGAGCAGAGAGCAGCCGAUAUUGCAAAGUUCGAGGAGGUAGCUACCAAUGGGUAUUACACUGAGUGGUUCUGGUUUCCGUAUUCAGAUCUCUGCUGGGUCAACUGCUGGGACACAACCUCCGAUCCCUCCGGAAUAGAGGACUACCCCUCGAAUAUCCAGACAUUCUUCAUGUUCAUCAGCCAGUUCACAAUGAAUGUGCUCCAGAACGCGACGGUGCUAAAUGAGCUGAUCAAGACGCUCCAUCUAGACGAGGCGGCGGUGACGUUGAUUUCAAGAGCGGCAAUGUUUGCUCUGCCAGCGUGGGAUGAGCCAGUGAAGACGUACCUACCGAAUGCGCUGCAUUUCCAGAGGGGGAUUCAGAAUGUCAGAGUGCUGGACGUGGAAGUUGAGAUUCCUCUUCAGUCGUCGGAGGCAGAUCCGACAAAGCCGGAUUAUGGGGUUGUGAGGAAGGCGUGGUGGGAUGCGAUUCACAGCUGCUACGAGCAUAGCACCAAGGGAUGUCCACAGCGGAUGCCGCUUGAAAUGAGGAUUAUGGGAGGCAGUGACAUCGUUAUGGCUCCGCAGAAGGGGAACACGUUGGGGACAUGUGCGAUUGAGGUAUUGACGCUGGAGGCGGCGAGGGAUAUGUGGGUGCCGUAUGCUGAGGAGGUGAUUGGGAAGUGGCUGUCCUAUCGAGAUAAAGACGGUAAGAGGAUCAACACAAGGCCACAUUGGGCGAAACAGUGGCAUGAGAUCAAGGUUGAUGGGAGGCCGUGGGUGGAGAAGAUGAAGGAAGAGGAUUACCGGGUGGAAAAAGAGGAGUUCAAGGGGUUGCUGGCUGAGAUUGGAAAGAAGCAUGGCUGGACGCUGAAGGAUUUGAAGAAGAGGUUCUCGAAUGACUUUUUUGAUGGAUUCUACUUUGACAACAUUUAG